AUGCCUUCAUUACCAUCGACAGCAUCCUCACCAUACCCGUACGCCUUUGCGCCAGACAUCAUCCGUGCGCACCAGAAAGACGCCUACUUCCAAGGCUAUCUCACAAACCAGAUCGCCGACCUGCACCGGCAACUGCUCGGCGCACGCUCCGCUCAUGCCUGGGCUGCCGAGUCACAUACUGCCGCCGACCUACUAUAUCUGUGCCUCACCACUCUGAUAGGGAACCGCACCCUCGGCGAGGAGUACUGUGGCCUCGUCCAGGUCGAGGCCGACUCGGGCGGCCGACUACCCGCGCUCAGCUCGCGCGCAACCUACAUAGCCGGGAGCAUCAUCCUGCCGUAUGCCCUGAGCAAGGCACUGCCAGGACUGAGGAAGAGGAUACGGACGCGGCUGCAACGGAACAUAUCGCGCCUGGACGCCCAGCAGCAGACCACAAAAAAGAACACGGCCACGACGUGGUCCUACAAGGCCCAGUCCUACAUCCUGGCCAACCUGACGACCAUCACCUCCCCUGCGACCGUCCACGCUGUGAACCUCGCCCUUUUCUACUUCAGCGGCUCCUACUAUGAGAUUGCCAAGCGCGUGGCAGGCCUGCGGUACAUCUUCACUCACAAGGUCGGCGAGAGCGCCGAUAGGGCCGGCUACGAGGUCCUCGGCGUGCUGCUCGUCAUCCAGAUGUGUGUGCAGGGUUACCUGCACGUGCAGACGUCCAUUGACUCGGCCGCCGCCGCCGCAGACGAGGCCUCGUCCCGCUGGAUAUCAUCAUCAUCAUCAUCAGCCGGCGGCUUGGGGCCGUGCACGCUGUGCCUCGAGGAGCUCAAGGAUCCCGCGGCAACCCAGUGCGGGCACGUCUUCUGCUGGCCCUGCAUCGGCGACUGGGUGCGCGAGAAGCCGGAAUGUCCACUGUGUAGGCGCGAGGCGCUCGUCCAGCACAUUCUCCCGCUGAGGGCGGUAGGUGCUGCCUGA